AUGUGCGAUAAUCAGAAGGAGUCGUCGUUCGAGAGUAGCAGUGCAAGUAGUAUCUCAUCACAGGCAUCCUCCACCACAUCAGCCGUUCAUCUACCUUUACUCGACUAUAUUCUAACGUCAUCGUCGAAUUCACUACCUGCUGCUGCUGCUGAUGGUUCACCAACAACCACAACUCCUUCACUUAACAGCAAUUGUGCUGCUACAGCCGCAGCAACUCAACAACAAAUCGCCCUCUUGCAACAGAGAACUUAUCUCGUUGACGCAACUCAAAUUCGAGCACCAUCUCAUCAUCGAGCACAGAACCGUUUCAGUUCAUCUGUUCCAGCUGGCCUUGACAUUUUCGGAAACAUUUGA